CAGGAGCACAGAGCGAAGGAGCGGACUGGAUAUGGCAUCUAUUGCUCUGUCACCUUCCACUAGACUGCAGCAAAUUCAACUUUCCCGUUCCAGCUUUCGCGGAAGCCCACUGCCUCCAUCCGCCAUUUCUCUCAGCUCAAACAAACAGAAACAACAUGUUUCAAAGACUCGUGUCACCAAAAUCACUGCGAAGUUUGACCUGAAGCCUCCUCCUUAUCCUCUGGAUGCUCUGGAACCACAUAUGAGUCGUUCAACCCUCGAAUAUCAUUGGGGAAAACACCACAGAGCUUAUGUGGACAACCUGAACAAACAGAUAGAAGGAACUGAGCUGGAUGAAUUGUCACUGGAAGAUAUCAUACUUAGAACAUAUAACAAAGGCGAUAUCCGUCCACAAUUCAACAAUGCAGCACAGAUCUGGAACCAUGAUUUUCUGUGGGAGUCCAUCAAACCUGGGGGAGGGGGAAAGCCAACAGGAGAACUUCUAGAACUGAUUGAAAGAGACUUUGGUUCUUUUGAAAAAUUCAUGGAAGAAUUCAAGUCUGCUGCAGCAACGCAGUUUGGUUCUGGUUGGGCUUGGCUUGCCUAUAAGGAUAACACUCUUGACCAUCCACGUCCAACAGAGAAGGACAAAAAGCUUGUAAUUCUGAAGAGCCCUAAUGCUGUCAACCCACUCGUUUGGGACUAUGCUCCACUCCUUACUAUUGACGUUUGGGAGCAUGCUUAUUACCUCGACUUCCAGAAUCGGCGACCCGAUUAUAUAUCAACCUUUGUUUCGAACCUCAUAUCGUGGGAAGCAGCAGACUUGAGGCUGGAGAAAGCCAAGGCUCAAGCUGCUGAAAGAGCAAAGGAAAAAGAGAAGAAAAAGGAGAAGAAAAAAUCCGAAGGUGGUGACGGUGAGGUGUACGUCGACAGCAGUUCGAGCGAGUCGGAUUCGGAUUCUGACUAAAAAUGGCUCUCUGGUUUACAGUGUUCAUAAAGGUGCACAACAUAUUUCCCUAUCUCUCCAUGUUUGGUUGCUCUUUCCUUUGCAUCCAUCACACUGUUACUGUUGAUUCUGUGCUCUGAGUUUUGUUGUAAUUUCAAAUUUGUAGCUGUGAUCAGUUUGUAGACUUUUUGAGUUGGCUGCAAAGUGAGGAAAGAGUGUGUAAUUUUGUAGCUUUUUAGAGAAUAAAUAACUUUUACUUCCAUAAUCUGCAUAUAACGUUAUGUUAUGUUCUUCAUUCUGGGGAGUGGGGAGAAUGUUCAAUAAAUAUAUUUUUAUUUUACCUCCUAA